AGCAAGAUGCCCAAGGAAAAGAAGGCUAAGAGGAAGAGGGUGGCCCCAACCCACACCAUCAUGAAGAAACAGGAGGCCAAAAAGAUGGUGAAUCCUUUGUUUGAGAAAAGGCCUAACAACUUUGGCAUUGGGCAGGACAGCCAGCCCAAAAGAGAUCUCACACGCUUCAUCAAAUGGCCCCGUUACAUUCAGCUGCAGCGGCAAAGGGCCAUUCUCUAUAUGAGUCUCAAAGUACCUCCUGCCAUUAACCAGUUCACCCAGGCCCUGGACCAGCAAACAGCUACCCAGCUGCUUAAGCUUACCCACAAGUACAGGCCAGAGACAAAGCAGGAGAAGAAGCAAAGGCUGUUGGCCCGUGCUGAAAAGAAAGCUGCUGGCAAAGGAGAUGUCCCAACUAAGAGGUCACCUGUCUUUCAAACAGUGACCACCUUGAUGGAGAAGAAGAAGGCUCAUCUGGAGCUGGUGGUGAUCACCCACAAUGUAGACUCCAUUGAGCUGGUGGUCUUCCUGCCUGCCUUGUGUCAGAAGAUGGGGGGCCCCUACUGCAUCAUCAAGGGAAAGGCCAGGCGGGGGCGGCUGGUCCACAGGAAGAUAUUCUCCACUGUUGCCUUCACACAGGUUAACUCGGAAGACCAGGGUGCUCUGGCUAAGCUGGUGGAAGCUAUUAGGAUCAAUUACAAUGACAGAUAUGAUGAGAUCCACUGCCACUGGGGAGGCAAUGUCCUGGGUCCUAAAUCUGUGGCUCAAAUUGCCAAGCUGGAAAAGGCAAAGGCCGAAGAACUCACCACUAAACUGAGUUAA